GUAGCGCCCGUGAACACACGCGAGUAUCAUAGGGGGGUGUGUCUAACUUAAGAUGUGCUUACACAACGGCGAUGGAGUGACGGCGCAGGACGACCUCGUCAGAUUUGGUGACACUUAUAAAAAGGAACCAUAAAUCUCAGGAAAUUGUUUGCUCCGGACACAAAUAAUCGAAGCACAUAACCAUGGCCACCUCCUUCCUCAGAAUGGGGCGGAUUUGUUGUGGACUGAAGCCGUUUCAGGUAAGUGUGUGCGCCAGCUGGAACAGAAUCCCUGCCGUGGGCUACAGCACCAAGUUUGGAGACGCCCAGAGAGCACUCCGAAAAACACACAUCACUCGGCUGGACCCGGUGCAGAGGCUGUUCCUGGAGAAGAUCAGGGAGUAUGGCACCCUCAGCCAGGCUGCAGGAGGAGCGAUGGAGACUGGCCCAGAGUUCCAGCGUCGGCUGGCUGAGGAGGAGGCCAAGCUGCAGCGGCUCUAUGGAGGUCGUGACCUUACAGAGUUCCCAGAGUUCAACUUCGCUGAGCCCAACCUGAAUGAAUUUCCCACUAAAUAAGGACCUGGUCGCCGUCUGCGCAGGAUCACAGGAGAUUCUCCCAGCACUGUGGCGGCUCUGUAGGCCCUGUGUGUAACGAUGUGAAGGUGCCAAAGCCCUAGGUGUGUGUGGGCUGAGCCCUGUGUGUAAAGAUGUGAAGGCGCCAAAGCCCUAGGUGUGUGUGGGCUUGGGAGUAAUAGCACCUUCCUGGACAUCAAAGAGCGCCCACUCUCUCUGAGAUGAAGACAGUUUUCUGGCUGAUCAAGCUCAUUCAAGUUCACUCUCAUAUUACUAUCACAGAGUCAAAUUAAAUGUCAUUAAAUAUUUUCUCACUGCCAUUUGA